AUGGCCGCAAUGAAGCUCGCCAUAUUGGGAACAAGCUGGCCCCAUCGCCGCGAGGCACUGACUGCUAUUGAGACUGCCACGUUAGGCUCCUACGAGUCUAUAGCUGUACCGGCACGAUUAGCCCGCCUCCGCCUGGAGGAGGAUAUGGAAACUGUCGCUCCGACUGUAACUGGCAACACGUACCCGGCUACUACCAACAUAUUUGCCCUGCCCGACGAUAUUAUUCGGGCUUCAGAUUCUGACAGCGCGGCCGCAGGAGAGAUGGGCAAGGCCCGUUACGAACAAGCGAACAGGCUUGUGCAGAUACUCAAAGACUACACAAACACAAAACGCAGUACCUGA